AUGGGGGACCGUGCAAGGAAGGGAGGGCUGAUGGCAUGCGAACCAAGGUGCUGCUGCCCGCGCCGCCCCCUCCCCUCCCCCCCAAUCGCUUGCUGCCGUGCGGAUGGCCCCAUCUUGGGUUAUCAGACGACGUCUGCCGCGCCCGCAACGAAGCAGCAUGCCAUCCGCGGGCGGCGGGCUGCCAAUCUGGUGCUGCGAGUCACCGUGUCGCCGGCUGCAAGGCACGCCCAGCCGGGGAGCAGGUGCCGCUUCGACUUGCCCUUUGCAGCGGGGCGGAUGCCAGGCAUUCGCUGCUGA